AUGACGGGCGGGGCUGCGGCCGCGGGGGUGGUGCGGCUGGGACUGCGGCACCGCGAGGGGGAGCCGGGGCGCGGUGCGAGGUGUGGGGGCGCUCGGCCCGUUGCGGCUGCAGCUGGGUCUGGGGUGGGCCGCCGGCCCCGCUGUCCCGCGGUUAGCGCAGUGCCCGGACCUCGGACCCCGCCGCAGCCCCCUGCCGGAUCCACGGGCGCGGGCGACCCCUGGGGCUGGGUUCUUCGCUUACGCCGCAGUCCCCACCCCGCCCCGCCCACUCUGGACCCUCAAGGAGGGCUGGAGACCGGGGCCCCGGAACCAGGGGGAGGGGCUGCCUCGGAACAGGGUCCUCGCCUCCUAGGGGCGGGGAGAGGUGUCGAGUACCCUUUGGAUGGGGAACUGGAAAUUGAAGACCCAUUUGCAGUGGGCUCUCCAGCGGGUAGCAAAGGUUUCCCGCAUCCUGGGCAGGGGCCAGGACGCCGUUGGGGGGCGGUGGGCAGCGUGGAGAGGAGUGUGGAGCCCCGGGGAGCCGACGGGCAGUUGCCUGAAAGGAAUACCAGGAUGGCGGGGUCACCUGAUCCUCCCAGAAGCUUUCGGAGCUAGGCUGUCCAGUUCCGUAGACCCUAGGCAAGGUGGCUGCCGAACAUUGAAACAAUGAUGAAAACCCAAGGACCAUCCCAGCAACACAAUUGUCUAAAUUCGUAUGGAACAGUCUUGCAUCCUGUUUGUGCCCUCAGAGGAGGCCCAGGGAACUAGCCGCACUCUCCGCUCCAACUUCUUUCCCAUGAAACUCAUCCAGUGUAACCCCUGUCUGCUAUUUUUUAAAUAAAAGCAUCUCUUUAUGAA